AUUAUCCGAUGCGGAAGUAGGGCAACAAAACAGCUUUCAGCGCCGCGGCAGAGAAAAUGUCCGUUGUGAAGAAAAGAAAAUUAGACAAAACCCGCCAGGACCGGCUUUACUUUGACAGCUACUCUGAUGUGACUAUCCACGAAGAAAUGUUAGCGGACCACGUCCGGACCGGCACGUACCGCACGGCGAUAAUGAGGAACAGCGAGUCCAUUCGGGGGAAGGUGGUGUUGGACGUCGGGGCAGGAACCGGCGUUUUGAGCGUCUUCUGCGUGCAGGCCGGGGCUAAGAAGGUGUACGCGGUCGAAGCGUGCUCUAUCGCCGAGCAGGCUGCGCAAAUAGUCCGACACAACAACAUGGAGGACAGAAUAGAAGUGAUCCGGGGCACGGUGGAGACCGUGGAGCUGCCGGAGCACGUGGACGUGAUAGUGAGCGAGUGGAUGGGUUAUGCCCUCCUGCACGAGUCCAUGCUCAACUCGGUGCUGUACGCGCGCGACAAGUGGCUGAAGGCGGGCGGCUUGAUCCUGCCGAGCAAGGCCGAGCUCUACAUCGCGCCCAUCAUCGACCCCGUGGCGGAGGACCGCUUGCACUUCUGGUACACGGUCAAGGACCAGUACGGCGUCGACAUGUCCUGCAUGUAUGACUUUGCCCGGAGGUGCGUCAUGAACUCCGACAUCACGGUGAACUCGGUGACGGUGGAGGACGUGCUCUCGCACCCGGCCCGGUUCGCCGAGCUCGACUUGCACUCGGUGACCGUGGACGACCUGCGCUCCGUCCAGGGCCACUUCAGGUGCGAGUCGUUCGGCUCGGCGGCGGUGAACGCGUUCUGUGUGUACUUCACGGUGACUUUCCCCUGCCCGGACAAACCGCACUCGCUCGUGCUCUCCACGUCCCCGUUCAAGCCGGAGACUCACUGGAAGCAGGCGGUGCUGUACCUGGACGUGUCGGUGGACGUGGUGCAGGACACGCCGGUCACCGGCACGGUUCGGAUGUAUCCCUCCGAUGAGAGCGCCAGACAUGUCUGCAUCCACGUGGACUACACGAUAGGAGAGGAGAAAAAACAGUCCAAGACCUUUUCCAUCCCGGACUGGAGCGCUGAGGCUCAGCCAUGAGUGUCACCUCACUGACGUUCACUAGUGGAGACAUUGUAGUUUAAACCGUUUUUAACAUAAUAGGUCACUUUGGUUCUGCAGUUAGUAAACACACACACACACACACACACACACACACACACACACACACACACUUUACUGCAUUUUAGACAGUUUGACCUGACGUCAGUACAGCUUUUUUUUUGCUUCUGUGAUGUUUAUAUUUGUUUUUCACAAUAAAUGAUUUGACACCCACAGUGAAA